UUCUACCCUUUUGCACACCCAGAGCACGAGACGUGCCUAAGAACUUGCGAGUGCAAAUUAACAUCGCCUCCGGCCCUCCACGCGCAAUGCCGACCACAGCCGUGGACGUCGAAGUGGGAGCGGCCGUCGUCAUCGAGUACGACAGCGUGGCCCUCGAGCUCGCUGCGCUCUCCGUCGCGGUCGUCUUCCUGCGCUACGCCGCGAUGCUCUACGCGAACCACCUCCUCGCCACCCUAAGCGUGAGCGACGUUCCUGCCGACGGCCGGGCCUCGGGCCUCGACGGCGCAACCAUCGAGCGGCUGCCCUGUUUCGUGAGCCGCGGGGGCGCUGCCACGGCGGAGGAGUGCGCUGUGUGCCUGAGCACCGUGGAGCAAGGCGAGACGGUGCGGGCGCUCCCCUGCUGCACGCACGCGUUCCACGCGUGGUGCGUUGACGCGUGGCUGCGCCUGCGCGCGACGUGCCCUGUGUGCCGUGCGACGUGCCGGUGA